CGAAGAUUCCAGGGUCUUACCGCCCUCGCAGCCAAUGAGGGAGCCCGGGGGGAGGAGCCUGGCGAGCUGUAGCUGAUGAGAGACUCGCCCCCAGUAGAUGCGGUGGAGUUUGAGCUUUGCUGCAUCCGUCACUGAAGAACAAAAUAAAGAGUAGAGGAGACAGGCUGCAGAGCAUGGGAGGCAGUGGGGCUUUCUGAAACGUUUGCUGGGCUUUCCGCGGAGCAUGAGCUUUUAAAACGAAUUCUUUCUUUUAAAAGAAACUCAUUUGUGUAGCUGGGAAAAUGAUACAUAUGCUAAAUGCAGCAGCCUAUAGGGUGAAAUGGACCAGAUCCGGUGCUGCUAAGAGGGCUGCCUGCCUGGUGGCUGCGGCAUAUGCUCUGAAAACCCUCUAUCCCAUCAUUGGCAAGCGUUUAAAGCAGCCUGGCCACAGGAAGGAAGCAGCAGCAGCAGCAGCAGCUUACCCGCCUGCAGAGAACAGAGAAAUACUGCAUUGCACAGAGAUCGUCUGUAAAAAGCCUGCGCCGGGACUGAAUGCAGAUUUUUUCAAACAGCUACUAGAACUUCGGAAAAUCCUCUUUCCAAAACUUGUGACCACUGAGACAGGGUGGCUCUGCCUCCAUUCGGUGGCUCUCAUCUCAAGAACAUUUCUUUCUAUCUAUGUGGCUGGUCUGGAUGGGAAAAUCGUGAAGAGCAUAGUGGAAAAGAAGCCUCGGAGUUUCAUCAUCAAAUUAAUCAAGUGGCUUAUGAUUGCCAUCCCCGCCACCUUUGUCAACAGUGCUAUCAGGUACCUGGAGUGCAAACUGGCUUUGGCUUUCAGAACUCGCUUAGUAGAGCAUGCCUAUGAAACCUAUUUUGCGAAUCAGACUUAUUAUAAGGUGAUAAAUAUGGAUGGGAGACUGGCAAACCCUGACCAGUCCCUCACUGAAGACAUUAUGAUGUUCUCACAAUCUGUGGCUCACUUGUAUUCCAACCUUACCAAACCUAUUUUAGAUGUAAUCCUAACUUCCUAUACCCUCAUCCGGACUGCUACAUCGAGAGGAGCAAGCCCAAUAGGGCCCACCCUGUUAGCCGGACUUGUGGUGUAUGCCACUGCGAAAGUGCUGAAAGCUUGCUCUCCCAAAUUUGGUACCCUGGUGGCUGAAGAAGCUCAUAGGAAAGGCUAUCUGCGGUAUGUCCACUCGAGGAUUAUAGCCAACGUGGAAGAAAUUGCCUUCUACAGAGGACAUAAGGUAGAAAUGAAGCAACUGCAGAAAAGUUACAAGGCUUUAGCUUCCCAGAUGAACCUUAUUUUAUCCAAGCGUUUGUGGUACAUCAUGAUAGAACAGUUCUUGAUGAAAUAUGUGUGGAGCAGCUGUGGACUGAUUAUGGUGGCUAUACCCAUUAUCACUGCAACAGGCUUUGCGGAUGGUGAUUUGGAGGAUGGCCCAAAGCAGGCUAUGGUUAGCGAUCGGACAGAAGCCUUUACUACUGCCCGAAAUUUAUUGGCCUCUGGUGCUGAUGCCAUUGAAAGAAUUAUGUCUUCAUACAAAGAGAUCACUGAACUAGCAGGCUAUACUGCUAGAGUGUACAACAUGUUCUGGGUCUUUGACGAAGUGAAAAGAGGCAUUUAUAAGAGAAAUGUCACUCCGGAUCCUGAAAAGGAUACCAAGAGUGGAGGUAACAAGGAGCUACCCCUCAGUGACACCCUAGCAAUUAAAGGGACAGUGAUUGACGUGGAUCACGGAAUCAUUUGUGAGAACGUGCCCAUCAUCACACCAGCAGGAGAAGUGGUGGCUUCCCGGCUGAACUUCAAAGUAGAAGAAGGGAUGCAUCUUUUGAUAACUGGUCCCAAUGGUUGUGGAAAAAGCUCCCUCUUUAGAAUCCUAAGUGGGCUGUGGCCUGUGUAUGAAGGAGUCCUUUAUAAACCACCUCCCCAACAUAUGUUCUAUAUUCCACAGAGGCCAUACAUGUCUCUUGGAAGUCUGCGUGAUCAAGUCAUUUAUCCUGACUCAGUGGAUGACAUGCACGAAAAAGGGUACACUGACCAAGACCUGGAAGGCAUUCUGCACAGUGUCCACCUCUACCACAUAGUUCAAAGAGAAGGAGGAUGGGAUGCUGUUAUGGACUGGAAAGAUGUCCUAUCAGGAGGGGAAAAGCAGAGAAUGGGUAUGGCACGGAUGUUUUAUCAUAAACCAAAGUAUGCAUUGCUGGAUGAAUGUACCAGUGCUGUGAGCAUUGAUGUUGAAGGAAAGAUAUUUCAGGCUGCUGUAGGGGCUGGGAUUUCCUUACUGUCCAUAACGCACAGACCUUCUCUGUGGAAGUACCACACUCAUUUGUUACAAUUUGAUGGCGAAGGAGGUUGGCGCUUUGAGCAGCUGGACACCGCUAUCCGUUUAACGUUAAGUGAAGAGAAACAGAAGUUAGAGUCUCAGCUAGCUGGAAUUCCCAAAAUGCAGCAGAGACUCAAUGAGCUAUGUAAAAUUUUGGGAGAAGACUCGGUGCUGAAAUCAGACCAAAAGGAAAAGGACUCACCCUGAUUUACCUGGACACAUUUUAAGUUUACUUUUAGGUAAAGCCUCAGAGACUCUCUCUUCACUGCAUGCCAUCUGUUAAGCUGAGUGCAGAGAAAGCAAGCCAGCACAAAGUAUUUUGUAUGAUUUUAGCAUCACGGAAGUAUAAGAUAACUUUUUGAAAGAAAGAAAAAAAGGCAAAUACUUUAGUCAAGGUUAGUCAUGACUUCCAUUAAUGCCCCAUGAAAGGCCAGCUCACCUAGAAAACAGGACCGUCUGUGGGGAUGCGUGCGGUCUGAGGUUCUUCGUGCGGGAGAAAGCCCCCAAACAAGAAUAGUAAAGGCAGCACCUGGGUUGAUGUCAGGCGCUCAGAAUUACAACGUGGAGUGCUGUUUCAGCCCACUUACCACGGACAGUAGGUGCAGCACCUGAAAUCCAUAAUCGGCAUUGCUAAUGGCCAGCUAAACCUGUGUAUGAAACAACAGACUGUUUGAUAAAAAAAAAAAAAAUUCAAUAUGAAAAAAAUGUAUUUUAAUGACAGUGGUUGAAAACAAGCAUGGUUAGACAAGUAUAAAGUACUGUAUGUAAAAUUUUCAGACUUUGAGCAUCUUAACACAAAAAAUUAACUUUAAUUAAAAUUGUGCAUAUUUAUUAAAAAACCCUUUUAUUUUUAAAAAAGAGAAUUGUCUGCAGAGAAGAGGAGGAUCCAGACAAUGCUUGUACUGGCUGCUGCUUGAAUCUACAGUGCUAUCUACUUCAGUUUUUAUGCAGAAAUCCUGUUUGUUUUGUGCCCAAAGAAACAUUUUAAAAACUUGAUUACUGUCCUAAAUACAGAUCCUGGAGUUCACAGUUAUUCCCACAUUCAUUUCAUUUUACUCUGCCUUUGAAGCAAUCUUUUGAGGCAUAUCGUUUUUUGCUCUUUUGUUUCUGAGAAAACAGACACUCAGAUUUAUUUUAAUCAUGUGACUUAUUUUGCAAGACAAUGUAGCAGUCAAAGGAGGUUCACAUGACUCUCUGAUUCAGUGCUGUUAGCCCUAUUGCCCCUUCAAUUUAACUGGGCUGUAAUGUCAAUAAAAAAUGAGAUAGAGCAAGUAGGUGGCCGGAAAUGGAAUUGUGGGCAGAGCAGGAGGUAAUGGAAAAAUUAAAGUAGAUUAAAAAAAAUACAGUUGAGGGCAUGGAGAAAUGACACUUGCUUCUCUUGUAGGAGACCUGAUUUUUAUUGCCAACACCCACAUGGUGGCUCCAAAGCUAUGUUUAAUUCCAGUUCCAGGGGAUCUGACGACCUCUUCUGGCCUCCAAGGGCCCUGUAUUCAUGUAGUGCUCAUACAUAUAUGCAGGCAAGACACUCCUAUACAUAGCAUUAAAAAUAAAUAAAUCUGAAAGAUAGUAAUGAUAUUGAAAAUUGGCAACGUUAAUAUUAUUAUCUAGUGUUUGCAAGAAAUGAAAUUGAGUAGGAAAUGGAAUGGUCACUGGUCUUUGACUUUGAAAGAACCAAGGAAGUCAGCACACUGCAGCUAUGUCCAUCUCCUUGAUGUUGGAGCGUCUGCAGCAUCAGCACUCAGAAGGGCAGUACAUUGUACUUCUGGUAAGUUUCUUAUUGUUGAAUAUGAUGCGAAACAAUCUAUGGAGUACAUCAUGUGAAAUGGGUCUCACCUGUUUGUGUGCGCUGGCGUACAGAGCCGUAACUGAUGCCUUAUCCUCGUCCUCUCUCAGGCAUUGAAAAACUAAGAGGGACAGUCAUAGUGGCUCCAGAUUUUGUUUACACAUUUAGACAUCACUUAGCAGAUGCUCAUCUGUUGUAGGCUAUUUGGGAAAUAGACUACCCGGAAGUCAUUCACAAUGAUUGCUGUAAGAUAUUACAGCAUGUCCACUUGUUCAGUUCCACAAAACUGGGUGAUUUGAAUUAUCAAUAAAUGUAAUGACCCUACAUGAAGUAAUAGAAUACAUAUUCAUAAUCAGUGAUUUUUCAUUUAUCUGUUAUUACUACUUACUACUAGAAAUGUGGGGUAAGAACUGAAGAUUUUGUUUAGAGAAAGCAUGGAACUGGAAAGUGAUGCUUGUAUUUUAAAAGGACUCCCUAAUCUUUAACAACCAUGUCAGCAGUUAGUCAGGUUACAGUGCUAAAGGGGAAAUGUUUGAAGCAAGUAUCUUACAUUAGCUUUUAAAGGUACCAGAGAAACAUUGACGUUCACAUUUGAAACUAUAAUUUUCAUGAUUUAAAAUUAAACCAUUUAAGACCUGAGAGCUUACAUUUUUAAGCUUUGCAAAGAAUGCCAACGUCAAUACUACAAACUUGACCUUAUUUGAUAGAUGUUACCAUGAGCUGAAGUGAAAUAAAGAUAACUCAGCCGGGCGGUGGUGGCACACGUCUUUAAUCCCAGCACUCGGGAGGCAGAGACAGGCGGAUCUCUGUGAGUUCAAGGCCAGCCUGGGUGAGUUCCAGGAAAGGCGCCAAAGCUACACAGAGAAACCCUGUCUCGAAAAACCAAAAAAAAAAAAAAAAAGAAAGAAAGAUAACUCAUUAGAUGUUUAAGAUUCUGUAUUAAAAUUCUGGUCAUGGAAUUUAAACGUUAAAAUUUCAGGACAAACAAACAAACAAGCUAUUUUCCAGUAGCUUUUUUUUUUAAACUACUGAUUAUCUGAAUUACUUUUUCUGAGACCACAUAUCCUCUGUCUUGGAAUCUGAUGUGAACUUGUGUUAUGUACCACAACACUCUUUCCAAAGUGGGAGACCAGAGCUGAUAUUCUACCAGGCUCAACUGUGAAAACAUGGAGACCACUGAGGCAUCUUCUUCUUUGAAUAGGACAAAGGAAAAUGAAGCAUAACUUCAGUCGUCAAACUACUUUUUUUCUCUUCUCAGAAAAGGUGUGAAUUUAUGGAGCUUGAUUAUUUGGGGGGGUUAACUCAUAAGCUGCAUUCCGUGUAAGUGUGACAUUCUAUUUCUGCAGCAUGCUAUGGUAUGCCAAGCAUGAGUCUGAAGCUGGGUGCACUCUUAUAGACAAGAUAAUCUCUAAAAUGCUCCUGAAUCACAAGGUUAAAGAUCUAACUUGAAAACCAACCCAAAUUACCCUGUGUUUACACAGGAAUGGUUUUCCUCUGAUGGUAAUUUGACUUUUGCCCUAAAUUUUGGUGUGUCAAAAAAGGUAUGAAGAAAUGUGUUGGUUUUUAUUUGAGGCAUUAAUUCCAAGUAAAAGUGUGUAUUUGUGAAAGACGUAGCUUGUUUUGAUGUUUGAAAUAGUUCGUAUGUUUUUUUUUUUUUUUUUUUAACCAGUGUACUCUGAAAAGCUUGUUAUGUGGUAGAACCAAAACUCAGAGGAGGUUACAUGCUUAGAGAUGUGGUAAACAUGGUAACAGUUAUUAAAUUAUUUAUUUAAAGCGAUACCUCUGACACAAUUACUUUGUGGGCAAAAGCGCCCCUGGUCCGAGUGUAGCGUGCUUCCUCAUGCGCAGCACACCACAGUGCUGCUGUCCCACAUGCAGUGUCUGAAAGUUUGGAUGCGAACUUUAAAUAUUGCCACAUGAACGCUUUCACAUGGAUGCACGUUUUUGAAUUAAAAACACAUCUUCUUCA